AUGGGAAGGCCUUUCGUGACGUUCGCAGCCUGCCGCAACCAAUAUUGGUUUGUAUGUGCCUCAUUCCUUAUAUGGUUUCUAUUGCUUUGUGUAUACCACUCGCAGUUCAUGGUAGGAAAGAGCUUGAUUGCAGUGUUAGGUAAUCACAAUAUCGACAUUUCUGUUACUGUUGCUAAUGAGUCUGAAAAUUCCGGUGAUUCAGUUUCUCUGCCUGAAGAAACCAAUGAAAGUAGGAACACAAAAACAAGAGAUGAAGGUCAUAUGAACAUCGUUUUCCAUGACCGAAGUGGUGGGGUUUUUAAUUUGAGAACGAAAGAUGUUUUCGGAAUCGAAGAACACGGCAUUGAAAAAUUUGGGCACCUAUCUAAGAAGGAAUCAGAGCCUCAUGACCGUAAUGACCAAGAGCGCUAUCCUAGAGAAAAUAAAGCUGAAUCUGAGAACGGGGAUGAAGAGGCUGAGCCAGAAGAACAUUUGGAUAAAAGGGAUGAAUCGGAUUCGGAAUCCGUUUCUGAAUCAUGCACAGGUAAGUACAUAUAUGUUCAUGACAUCCCUAGCAAAUUUAACAAGGACUUGUUGAAGAAAUGUGGUUCACUUAGCAAUUGGACUGACAUGUGUGAGCUCGCUUCAAACUUUGGCCUUGGUCCCCGUCUUUCGAAUUUGGAAAAAGUUUAUUCAAACACUGGUUGGUUUGCUACAAAUCAGUUCUUGCUAGAGGUCAUAUUCCACAGCCGAAUGAAGCAGUACAACUGUUUGACAAAAAACUCGUCACUAGCUUCAGCAAUUUUCGUACCUUACUACGCUGGCCUAGACGUGGCGCGCUACCUUUGGGGAUCGAGCAUAUCCACGAGAGAUUCUGGCUCACUUGAAAUUGCGAAAUGGCUGAGAGAAAAACCAGAGUGGAAGAAAAUGUGGGGGAGAGAUCAUUUUAUGGUGGCAGGAAGAAUUACAUGGGAUUUUCGGAGAUGGACUGACAAGGAUUCGGAGUGGGGGACGAAGCUUAUGCUUUUGCCUGAAUCGAAAAACAUGACAAUGUUGGCAAUAGAAUCCAGCCCUUGGAACAGCAAUGACUUUGCCAUACCAUAUCCAACAUACUUCCACCCUUCAAAAGACAAUGAGGUGUUCCAAUGGCAAAACCGAAUGAGGAGGCAGAAGCGGCGGAUAUUGUUCUCCUUCGCAGGCGGUCCUAGGCCUAAUCUCCAAAAUUCAAUCCGCAACGAAAUCAUAGACCAAUGCAGGGCAGCAAGGAGAAAAUGCAAGCUCCUAGAAUGCACAACUGGUCCGGACAAGUGCCACAAGCCUGUUUUUGUCAUGAAAAUGUUCCAAGGCUCCGUCUUCUGCCUACAGCCUCCCGGAGACUCUCUAACCCGAAGAUCAAUCUUCGAUUCCAUCCUCGCAGGCUGCAUUCCGGUGUUCUUCCACCCAGGGUCUGCGUACGUCCAAUACGUAUGGCAACUCCCUAAGGACUACACCAAAUACUCAGUCCUCAUACCAGCAUUCGACAUAAAAAACGGGAAGGUGAGCAUUGAGAGGACACUGCAAAAGAUUCCGAGGCAGAAAGUUUAUGAGAUGAGAGAGGAGGUUGUGAAGCUGAUUCCGAGAGUGAUAUACGCAGAUCCAGGGUCUAGAUUGGAGACGCUUGACGAUGCAUUUGACAUUGCGGUUAAAGGGGUUCUUGAGAGAGUGGAAACAAUUAGGAAGGAUAUGAGAGAAGGGAAGAACACAAGCUUUGAUUAUGCAGAGAAAGUGAGUUGGAAGUACAAUUUGUUUGGGACUGUGGAGGAACAUGAGUGGGAUCCUUUCUUUGAGAGACAGCGUAUUUAA